AUGAAUCCGCGCUUCAUUCCACCUGCCCGGCAUGCCUCAACGGGCCGCAGCCGGGUCAAUAGCCGCAGCCGACCUGCAGAGUCUCUGUUUGCAGAGUCCCCAGCAUCACAAACGCGGCGAAAGUUAGAAGAGUUGGCCAUUGAAUUGGGUGCAAAGAAUUCAGGAGCUGCAACCUCGCAGAUCUCGCCAGGUCAGAGAGACUCAGCACUGGCCAGCUCUUCGUCUGGAAUGGCAGUCAUGAACAAGACAGAAGAACUCCGUAAGGAGAGAUUGCAGAAAGCAAUUGCAGGAACUGCCCAGCCAAAAAGUAAGCCGAAGAUGCCAAUAGCAGCUCUUCAUGAAAGACCCGAUCGCACGCCUUCAUUCAGCCAGCCUGCGCCAAAACUGGGACAGAUACUUGGUAUCGUUUGA